GCCUAGAGAAAUUUAUCUCAUUUGUUACUUUUUUUUUUUGCAUUUUGCUAUCCAAGAUUGAAUGCUUGUGUAGUCACAGAUAAGAGAGGGAGAACUGGACUUAUAACCCAUUGAAGGCACUAAAGCAAGAACAGCAACUGUACCACAGUGCUUUAGGGACAGAUGACAUCCAGGUGCCUUCAGAGUCACACCAGCUUUUCAUACUUAAUGUCUACAGAGAAAUUGUCUAACUGAGAGCAUCCAUUAAUAAGGGAAAAAAGCUGGUAAGUGAAGAAGACAGCAACUAAUUCCUGAAGAUUGAAGAAGUGCCUAUUGUGUGGAUGAAUUGUCUCACAGUUGUUUGUUGCUGUUUCUGUCAUCUACUUGUAAGGCUAUUUGGGAUCAUCAGUUUUUCAGCUGCAGUUGUUUCUGGGAUUAACUGCUUUUGUCUAUAGCAUGUGACAGCUUAAGGCAUGAAAAUUACAGAAGUCAACAUGUGGGGACAGGCAGAAUAUGAUUAUCUGAAACUGCGUGACAAUGGGACAGAAACUAGAAAAAGAAAGAGCUAUGAACUGCCCAGGCCUGCUUUGUAGUGAGUUAUUUGGAUUUGUUGGUUUUUACGCAAGUGCAUUAGGCUUGGGAUUUUCAAAUUAAAAGAUGAGUUUGAAUUGUUUCCCAAGUAUUUCUGCUUCUGAGUGAUUAAUCAUUCAGAGAUGAACAGUGCCAACUGAUUACAUUUAUGUAGAGAAUAGUUUUGCAAGAGAAGGACAAGAAGGAUACCUAGAUGACCAAAACACUUCAGUCACUUCUGCCACAUUUCUGCCCCUCGAAGGAGAGAUGAAGGCUGGGGAAGGUGGUAGAAAGGGACAAAAGAGGAAUGUCAGAAGGCUGAGAGGUGUAGCAACUGGUGAGCAGUGUUGCAGUGGGUGCAAUCCAUCCUAUGGGCUACAACACCUUGUGCCAUCUACAAGGUUUGCAUAGGGUUUGUGUGUACAUGUCUAUGAGAGAAAUCCUGCUGCUGAUGUAAUAAAGUGGGUUUUUUGAGAAAUUAGGAGCUGCAGUAAAGCGAUUAUUUCCAGUUUUGUUCCCAUAUCUGAUCUGUCCAUGUUGUGAAAAACAGGCAUUUACAAUGUCUCUGUAUCCCUCUCUAGGUUCUGAAGCACCUGCGCCACUUAAAUUUCACCAGUAACAUGGGGGAGCAAGUGGACUUUGAUGAGUUUGGAGACCUGGUAGGGAAUUACUCAAUAAUCAACUGGCAUCUCUCUCCAGAGGAUGGCUCAGUCAUCUUUGAGGAGGUUGGGCACUACAAUGUGUAUGCCAAGAAAGGGGAGAGGCUCUUUAUCAAUGAAAACAAAAUCCUGUGGAGUGGAUUCUCAAAGGAGGUGCCCUUCUCUAACUGCAGCAUGGACUGCCUGCCAGGCACCAGGAAGGGCAUUAUUGAAGGAGAGCCCACAUGCUGCUUCGAGUGUGUGGACUGCCCUGAUGGGGAAUACAGUGAUGAAACAGAUGCAAGUGCUUGUGACAAGUGCCCUGAGGAUUACUGGUCUAAUGAGAACCACACAUCCUGCAUCCCCAAGCAGAUAGAGUUUCUAUCCUGGACAGAACCCUUUGGAAUUGCUUUAACUCUCUUUGCUGUGCUGGGAAUUUUCCUGACUUCUUUUGUCCUGGGAGUCUUCACCAAAUUUCGCAACACUCCCAUCGUCAAGGCCACAAACCGAGAGCUGUCUUACCUCCUCCUCUUCUCCUUGCUCUGCUGCUUCUCCAGCUCAUUGUUCUUCAUUGGAGAGCCCCAGAACUGGACUUGCCGUCUGCGGCAGCCAGCUUUUGGCAUCAGCUUUGUCCUCUGCAUCUCCUGCAUCCUAGUGAAAACCAAUUGCGUCCUGCUUGUCUUCGAGGCAAAGAUCCCCACAAGCCUCUACCGAAAGUGGUGGGGCCUCAACCUCCAGUUCCUCCUGGUCUUCUUGUUCACAUUUGUGCAGAUUGUCAUCUGCGUGAUUUGGCUCUACACAGCCCCACCAUCCAGUUAUCGAAACCAUGAGCUGGAGGAUGAAAUUAUCUUCAUCACCUGCCACGAAGGCUCCUUGAUGGCCCUUGGGUUCCUCAUUGGCUACACCUGUCUCCUGGCAGCCAUCUGCUUCUUCUUUGCCUUUAAGUCUCGAAAACUGCCUGAGAACUUCAAUGAAGCCAAGUUCAUCACCUUCAGCAUGCUGAUCUUCUUCAUUGUCUGGAUCUCUUUCAUCCCAGCUUAUGCCAGCACAUAUGGCAAGUUUGUCUCUGCUGUGGAGGUGAUUGCAAUACUGGCUGCCAGCUUUGGGCUUCUGGCCUGCAUCUUCUUUAACAAAGUCUACAUCAUCCUCUUCAAGCCUUCCCGCAACACCAUUGAGGAGGUACGCUGCAGCACAGCUGCCCACGCUUUCAAGGUGGCUGCCAGGGCCACACUGAGACGCAGCAAUGUGUCACGCAAGCGUUCCAACAGCCUCGGAGGUUCCACUGGUUCCACCCCAUCCUCCUCCAUCAGCAGCAAGAGCAACCAUGAAGACCCUUUUCCUCUACCGGCUUCUGCUGAGCGGCAGCGGCAGCAGCAGCGUCGGUGCAAGCAGAAGGUCAGCUCUGGGAGUGGCAUGGUCACCUUGUCACUGAGUUUUGAGGAGCCACAGAAGAACGCCAUGGCCAACAGGAACGCCAAGCGCAGGAACUCCCUGGAGGCCCAGAACAGUGAUGACAGCCUGAUGCGGCACAGAGCCCUGCUCGCUCUACAGAACAGCAAGUCCCUCAGUGCUGAGCCUGGCUUCCAGACAGCAUCCAGCCCAGAGACCAGUUCACAGGAGUCGGUGGUGGGAGACAACAAAGAAGAGGUACCAAACCCUGAGGCAGAGCCCUCCUUGCCAUCAGCUAACUCCCGAAAUUUUAUAGGCACUGGAGGCAGCUCUGUCACAGAAAACACAGUACAUUCCUAACAAAAGAAGGUCAUGAAAAGCACUUCCCCAAGAGGAACUUGCUCACCUCUUGCUUCUGAAUGGGAAAGAUAACAAAGAUACAUAUCUGUGACACAGUCCCACCACACAUUGUUGCUAUCGCCAGCCGGGUAAAACACAUGCCUCCAGAGGAAAGACUACCAGAAGCCUGUGUCUGGGGAGCCUUGAACUGAAUUUGCAGUUGCUUUACUGAAAUCAGGACAUGUGGGGAGGACAAGUGAAGAUUGCCUCUGGUGGGGCUUAAACAGAACUCUGCAUACUGUCUUGCCUCUGUAAGCUUUUCCUGCCAGACUGCAACUCAGCUGACUAUGGGAGGCACUGAGCAAUUCCACAAUACUCUGCUUUUACAUUUAUGUAUAAUAUUCCUCUUUCCCACUAUGUAUAAUAUUCCCUCUUUAUCCAGUAUAUGUGAUCUGUAACCAUGUGCAUCAGGACUCUCAGCUGUUCAAAAGCAAGAUACACGGUUUCACUUGGGGAAAGCACGGUCACUGGGAAAAUAAAAAAGCCCCCAACAUCCUGCAUGCUGUGUACAGCCAAGGGUGUGAACAUGUAAAGUAUUUAAUGUGACAGAGCACCCUGCUAUUUAUAUUUAGUAAUUUCUCCUCAUUUCUCCCAGUUUCUCCUCUCUGCCCAGCAGGAAAUACUGGACAAUACCCUUCAUAGACUCCAUUGCACUAGACAAAGCUACUAGGUUCCUACUGGUUUCUUCCAGCAGAUGUAGCUUUACCUCCAGCCUGCCUGCUUUGGUGGAAGGGGAGAACAGAUUGUAAAUCCCCCUGGAGAUUGCUGCGAGAGCACAAUGAGAUGUAUUUGUGAUUGAUUAUGUCGCUAGUAGUUGUAUGCUUAACAAAGUGUUGCUGCUGUAAUAUUCCACAUGGCAUACGUGGCUAACCCUUCCACACCAUAGUCAGUGUUGUGCUUUGCCAUAUUAAUCCGCCUCAUACCCACACAUAGCAUUGCGCUGGUUGUGACAGUACUUGUGGGCCUGAUACAAAGCCAAUGAAACAAGGUGAAAUAGAGAAAUAGCCCCCAAAUUUGAUAAUAUUUGAGAUGAAUAUUGCAAGUGUGCAUGCUGGUAGAGGAUGGAGUAAAUAAAAAGUACAGAGUUGGGCUCUGGGACAUGCAAACAGACAAAUGAGUAAAUUGGAUGUUUGAUUCCUGCAGGCUUUCAACUACGUUAUGUCCCUCUUGUUCCAUCUUGAAGAGGUAGCAUCUAAAGCAGGAGGGGUGCACCAUGCCUUGAUGAGAGUAAAGACUUCAAAAAGCACAUCAGAACUUCAUUAGUCCUGGCUCUUGUUCAACAUCCCAUAAGUAGACAUGAGUGCUCCUGACUGUGCAUGGUGUGUCUGGUUCCUCUGCAUUCUGCAAAUGUUGAAGUAAGAAAGUCCUUAGAAUAGAUUUCUGUUGCAGCCUGAAGAAAGAAAGAGUGAUCCUAGGCAACCUGGCAGGAAGGGCAAGGCUAUUCUGUAAAAUUUACAUCCCUCUUCCCAGAUCCCAUAUGCAAGAACAGGCAUUUGUCAUGAAGAUGUGAGUACCUCCCCUCAUCACACGCAAAGGCACUCUAAACCACUGUGGAAAGGUAUGUAGGCCUGCUACUUAUUGU